AUGGACACCUGGGCCUGCACAGCACUCUCCGACGUCAACAUAGCCGAUGCCAGCGGUUUUGAUCAGUGUCCGUCUCCGCUUGGGACCGACUACCGAGACCAGCGUCUCCGCAAUGCUGAGCUUGAGCGAGCCGUGCAGGAGCUCCGCGAAAAGGUCGACGAAGAGGUGCAUAAGCGUCAGGUCGUCGACUUUGACCGGGAGCUGGCCAUCGAUGCCUUGAGAGAGAAACCGCGCACCAUUGAACGACACGAUACAGCGGUGGAAUCGCAUUCCGAUAAAGUUGAGAGGUGCGGCAUCGUUGAUUCAGUCCCUGUCGCUCAACAACACCAAGGCUGGCACCUAAAUGACAACCAUGAAGCAUCGAGAUCGCUUCCAAGCCCGAUAUGUCCUCAAGAGUCACUUUCAGCAAAUUAUCGAGAUAAACCCGUGUUCGCUCUCCCUAGCUACACGGUAGAUCAGCACCUUAUGGAGCUCGAGGCGCCACACACGCUACUCCCUAUAGCCUCUUCGGAAGACACUUCGCAGAAGUGGGAUAAAGACUAUCUCAUCACCCCGAUUACGACAGACACCGCUCGUCUAAACAGUUUGCCUAGACGUGGAUAUACGACCCUGCCUCCUAUCAGCCGCCGACACCUUCCGAUAUCUAUGAAGGAAAUCAGAACGCACGAAAGUAACGAACCCUAUAUCCAGCACGGCGGCUCGAGGCGGUCGGUGCAGAAAGUCACCGGAAAGACAUUAAGAAUACAAAGCACAGGCUUAAGAAAGUCAACCGUCGUAGAGCGAGGACAAUACCGCGGUGGGUGGCUUGCGGUAGAGUUCAAGGUAUUGCUCAAGACACUUCGCAACAAGUCUGACGAGCAGAUAUACGGUGUGCAUGUCCAUGCUCAAUAG